AUGAAUAUGACCGAGAACGUCUCACCAAAGCAAGAAAUGGCUAUCCAGGCAACUGAGGACGAAGCCUUAGACAGUGAGGACGUUACCUCAUUGGGCACAUCUCAUCCCAGUGCAGCACUCUCACCACAAACAGCGCCAGGUAGCAAAGGAGUUUCGCCUGCAACAUCAGCAGCCCCACCAAUUUAUUCUGAAGAAGGUCUCUACUUUCGGACGGCCACAGAAGAACGCACUGGAGACGAUGAAUUUGUCGGUAUACUGCCAAGCGAGGAGGGCCCAUCAACGUCCCCAUCAACUCAGCAGGCAGCAAAGAUUCCUACAGAUGACUUCUACCAAACUUCUGUCGGAAAAUUCCGCUUCUCGAUAGAGCAACUUCCUCCACAGUUAAAAAUGAUUCAUUCUCUCUUAGAGGAAAGUAAAAUGGUUCCUAAAUUAUGGGCUAGACUUCGUCCGGACUUUGUGCAGGUCGGAGAAUUGGCAUCAUUGCUCCUCCUCCACUGCAUUUCAUUUCCUUCUGGAGAAGAUGCCUUUUGGCGUGUUGUUCAUCGAGACUUUGCCAAUUCGGAUUGGAAAAUCCGUUUCGAUUCAGUGGGCAAAGCAUACGUAAUGGCGCAUGUGAUCAAAUGGGCACCAGUCAAGAGCAACAAGGUAGUUCAAACCGCCCUCUCAGCUCUGUUCUAUCAUUUCGUGACAUCUCUUCAUGAUCCAAACCCCACAGUAGCCCAAAGGGCAAUAAUUGCCCUCAGAGCACUGCCAACACAAACGUUGAAGAUGAUGUGCUUCUGUUUCGAAUCACAGUUCGACUCCUGUAUAGUGGAUCGUCCCGUAAUUAUCAACGCUAUACGAGUCCUCACAACACAAAUCCCUGACGAGACCAUGCUUACGUUCGACUUCUUCAUACAGAGAUUUGAAACUCUUGUUCUGGAAAGUCAAUUAAGCAACCAAAGUGAAGAAACCGUUUUCGUUCAAGGUAUGUCAUCAGGAAUUUAA